AUGAUUACUCUCAUUUUCAGCCUCUUUAUCACAACAGAGUCAUGCCAGUUAUCUACCUUAGCCAAAGGCAAAUGUGUGUCUUCCUCAACUUUACCCCUUGAUUUUUGCAGCAACAAGGUCGGAGACCAAGUUUGCAUCCCUUUGUCCUACGAUAAUUGGCCGGAAUGGAAUGUCUCAGCUAAAGAUUCAGCAAUAAGGGAUGCUUAUAUAGCAAGUCUAGAAAAGAGGCUCACAGAAGAAAUAGACGGUAAAGUUCAAAUUGUUUUCACACGGAAUUCUGAAUGUGUAAAAAUAUAUAAAGAAAUUAUGUGUAAAGCAAAUUUUCCUUCUUGCGAUGGAAAUAAUACUUAUUUGCCUUGCAAUAAUCUCUGUGAUUUUUUUCAAAGUGUGUGCUACAUUCAAGAUAACCCUUGUGAUACUUUGAAUUCCACUUACGAAUAUAUGAAAAAGUGCAGUUUUUCUGUAUCCAGGCGUUUUUAAUUGAAAAUAAGUUUAUUUUGCCUUAAAUUUUAUGUUUUAAUAAGCCAAAAAUGGAAAAAAAUUAAUAAGGAUUUCUAUUCUGAAAUACUAGUUUUUCCUUUAUUUUGUCUGUCUCUUUAUAUUUUCUGUACAUUUAA